CGGUUGCUUCUCCGAAGUACCUACUUGGAAGAGAUUUGAUUUGGUACAUAAAGUGAGAACGCACACAACGCUGGUAAAAAUAAUGCCACUUUUUCGAAGAAGUGACGAUAGGUGAAUGAAAAUCAGUCAACGAAACUUAAUUAAAUUAGGCUACAAUAACAGCCCGGUCCGGCGAGUGUGGUGAUCGUUUUCGGGGGUUAGUGAGUGGAAGGUGUUAGUUGUUUUUUCGCGAGUUGUUCACCGGAAGUGUAAAAGAUGCAGAUGAAGUGGUUGAUGGUUUUGAUGGUGCAGAUGUUGGGUGGCAGCCUGCUGGCGCUGCAGGACUCGUCUCAGGAGAAUCGAGGCUCUUCAACGGCGCAGUAUUGCACCGAUUUGAAUCCCCAGACCGGAUUGGAUAUCGAGCAAAUCAUGGGCCUAUGGUACGGCAGUGAAGUGAUCACUCAUAUCGGCAGCGAAGAAGGCGAAACGAUCUACGACACGUGUGUGGUGAUUCACCUAGCUGAUAUCACCAAUUCGACUGCGACCAGCGAGAACCAGCAUCAGGACAUUGGACCGGAAGUUCGAUUUGGCACAUCGUACGGAUAUCCGGGGGAUCGAAGCCACAGUCGCCACGAUGCGGAUGGAAACCGACGCUACCAGGCUCAGCAGCAACAUCAGCAACAGCAGCAGCACAACUAUCGGCAACAGCAGGCAAACGUUCGCUAUCUUCGCUUGAUCUGGGACGAGAAGGAAAGCAUGCUGGAUUACACCUUGCGGUUCAAUACUUCGCGACCGGGAUUUUGGAUCGCUUCGGCGCCCCAGUCCGGGUCUAUGGUUCAGUUGCCGUACAUACAGUUCACCGGAACGAUUCAGGUGCUGAAGGCGAUCAACAAUCAGUUGGUGUUGACUUUUUGCCAGAGCAUGCCAGGAGGGCAGCUGUUCUCGGUAGUGCUCUCGAGGCAGCCAAUGGGACUGUCACCGGAGGAAAACCAAAGCAUCCGGAAUCUACUGAGAAGGCGCAACCUGUCAACGAUUGCGGUGAGAAAAGUUUGCUACAGUGGAGCUGCCAGCCGGGCACCAAUUGGAACCGUGACGAUUGUUUUCCUGGUGCUGUUCCUUCACUGUUUCACAAAGCAAAAUUAAGAAUCAUAAGUUCCCUUUUGACAUGCUUAUUUUCUAAUCCAUCCAUUUCUAAGAAAUAAAAGCCUAUUUAUUUUACGGUCUGCACUGCUGGGAUUGAGUGUAAUUUAAUCAUACUUUCAUGGAUGAAAAAUGAGUCUCAUAAAAGAUCUAAACCUAGUUUGAUAAAAAGAAAAAAAUCAACUGUGAAAGCUGUGCGAAAGAUUAGCAUUACAUACAUACAUCACUACAGAGUUUGAUAGUACCUAUAAGAUACUUUUCUUCUUCGAUCGAGUUCAUCUGUGUCAUAACCCGGAGUCAUUAGCUAGCGUCGUAAGAACAAUUAUAUACAACAACAGUUAAAAUUAAGCAGAUGUGUAUGAUAUAUGAAUUAAAACUCGUUCCGUGAACUACUCAA